AUGCACCAAGAGAAAUAGAGAAGUGACUGUUGUUCCACUUGCGGAACCAAGAUCACUGCAUUAUGUUUCACCGGACACCUUUUUCAGACGGACUUAACGCUAGCUUCCCUGGGUGAGUUAGUAUUUAUUCCAGAGAUGCCCAAAAAGAAAACCGGAGCCAGGAAAAAGGCGGAGAACCGCAAAGAGCGAGAGAAACAGAUCCGAGCCAACAGGGAGCAUGUGGAAGUGGCCAAACAUCCCUGCAACGUCAACAUGGACUGUGACAAAUGUCAAAGGAAACAGAAGAACAGGGCAUUCUGCUACUUCUGUAACUCUGUGCAGAAGCUGCCUGUCUGCGCUCAGUGUGGUAAAACUAAGUGCAUGAAGGCUUCAGAUUGUGUUAUCAAGCAUCCAGGGAUCCACAGCACAGGAAUGGCCAUGGUGGGGGCAGUGUGUGACUUCUGUGAAGCCUGGGUCUGCCAUGGUAGGAAAUGUCUGAGCACCCACGCCUGCUCGUGUCCUCUGGCCGACGCCGACUGCAUCGAGUGUGAGCGUGGAGUCUGGGAUCACGGAGGUCGGAUUUUCCGCUGUUCCUUCUGUCAUAACUUUUUAUGUGAGGAUGAUCAAUUUGAGCACCAGGCCAGUUGUCAAGUCCUACAGGCAGAAACCUUUAAAUGUGUUUCCUGUAACAGACUGGGACAACACUCAUGCCUGCGCUGUAAGGCCUGUUACUGUGACGACCAUGCCAAGAGUAAAGUGUUCAAACAGGAGAAAGGCAAAGCUCCACCUUGUCCGAAGUGCGGCCAUGAGACUCAGGAGACAAAAGACCUCAGCAUGUCCACUCGCACCUUGAAGUUCGGUCGGCAGGCUGGUGGCGAUGACGACGACGACUACGAGGGCGCGUCCGGCUACGACGCCUACUGGAAGAACCUGGCAGCUGGAGGAAGCCGACAAGACGACUAUGGCGAUGGCGAUGAUGAUGACGAUGAGGAGGAAGAGGAGGAUGACGGGUAUGAGGAGGAUGACGAAGAGGAAGAAGAUGAAGGUGAAGAGGAGGAUGAAACUGCAUCAGAGUCUCUGGCUGAGCUGAAGAUAGAUGGCACUGCAGCCUAAAGUAAGACUGAGGAUUUAUGGUCAGAGUGGAUUUUAACUGAAAGUCACAGAGUUUGGCAUAAAUACAGAACAUUUUGCAUUCAAUCAGCCUAAUGUUCUCGUAAUCUUUGGAAGUGGUUUAUAUGUGUUCUUUUUUUUAAGCUUUUCACUUGUUUUUUUUUUUUGUUUUUUUUUGUCCAGUCCUGGUACCAAUAUGGUAUGAUGAGGAACUGGAGGACAAACAGAGAAAACCAUAAAAAGUACCAGGAAGCCAAAGUUUACCCAGGAGUGAGUAAAGAAAUAUCAAAAGGCAAAACUGACUAUUAAAAGCUGCAUUCUGCAGUUUGUUGACUAAGAACUAUGAGAUUCUCACAGUUAGGCAGGAUUUAAUAGAAGAACCAUCUAUUAAAGGAUAUUUACAAAUUAACACCUACAUAAAUAAAUAUAACAUGAUUUUUCCUUUGAAAAAUAGAAAAGCAAAAAUAUUUUUUACAGCUGCUAAAAUAAUCUACAUUUAAUUUGCUGCUGUUUAGCCCAUCUAGCAUAACAGGAGUAUAUUAUUAAAUGAUCAAGUUUGUCUGCAGAAUGCAAUAACAUUUCAAUCAAAGGAGAGGCAGUAUUUAGCAUCAUGUGGGGGAGGGGCACUAGUAGAUAAUCAUAAACUCCUGUACACAACGGAUUUCUUUUGCAUAGCAUUUAAAGGUCUUUAGAAAAGCAUUUCAUUGAAAUUCAGGAGCAGAAUUUUGUUUUGCAGACUUUCUCUGUAAAACAAGACGAGUUUUAGAAAGCGGCUUCCUCUGCUUUACUUGUUUCUUCUAGAUGACACUCAACCAUCGUUUUACUGUUAUGACUUUUUUCUUUAAAAUAAGAAUGUUUUGGUUUUAACAAAAUAUAAAACCUUACUUAUUUUUUAUUUCGUUAAAACAUAAAACUUUCUGACUGAAUGGUUACAUAGUUGUGGAUUUUUUUAACGUUUGAAUAUUAGCAAACAAAAACAUAACUGCCAUAUGUAGAGACGAAAAUUGUUCUUCUCAUGAGAUUUUUCUUGUCAAAAAGAGUUGUGGGUCAUGAAUACGGGAUUGAAAUCAGAUGAAAAACAGUCAGAAUCUAAGGAAAAUCUUUUAAGGACCCUCAUAAAGGCUGAUUGAACUGUUGAUCAAAAUCCACUGUUAAAGUUGAGAAAGUAUAACUGUUAGAAAGCAUAAAACAACAUAAGAAAUGACUCUAAACUGGUUCUUUAUUUUAAGCUCCUUAUUCAUUCCAGCACUCUGGCAACUUUUAGGAAUGUUGUGAACCAUUUUGAACUUCACCCUUCUGCACAGAAUUGAAGGAAUAAAGUUUAAUAUGAAUCUAAAUCAAUAAAAUUGUGACUGAACCUUCUUUAUUUUAA